AUGCCUUGGGGAAUCCUCGAGAGCAAGCAUGAGGGACAUGUCCCUGGAACAGUAAUACUUACGGAUCAGUCCGAUAUACCGGACGAAUACCGAAACGUCUCUCGAGAGCUGCUCAAACAUGGUACCGGGAAAUAUUCCAAUAUCAUAUUGACUCCUCAGCCAAGCGACUCUCCCAACGAUCCUCUUAAUUGGCCGACAUGGCGCAAAGAUGUCAUUCUUGUUGUCGUAGGUCUCUCUGCCGGAGUUGUGGGCGCCUAUGGGCCGAUGAUUUCACCGGGCUUUGUUGAAAUCGCCGCGGCGCUCAAUGUAACGGUCAAUACACUUUCCCAAGCAACAGCCUGGGUAGUUUUGACGAUUGGGCUCUCACUAUUCAUCUUCAACCCGCUUGCUAAAAAGGUUGGGCGGCGCCCGGUAUAUGUGGUAUCGAGCAUCAUUAUGCUCUCCGGAAGCAUCUGGGGAGCCCUUGCGAAGGACUACAGUAGCUUCUUGGGUAGCAGAGUAUGGAGCGGCUUAGGAAUGGCACCUUACGAGAUACUCGUACAGUGCACGAUCGCCGACAUCUACUAUGUCCACCAACGGGCCACUAGAAUCGCCGUCUGGAAUAUGUUCUUGUUAUGUGGUAUAAGCGGAGGUGCUCUUAUUGCCGGUUAUAUUAUCGAAGAUCAAGGCUGGCAGUGGACUUUGAUCUGGUGUGCCAUAAUCUUUGGCAUGCUUCUCCCUUUCGUGAUACUCUUUGUCCCCGAAACCGCGUAUAGAAGACGGUCGUUUGAGCAACAACUAGCAGUUAAAGAUGCCACCAGCCAUGAUGCCAAGCCAGAUACUUCAGAGAAGAAGGAUACCUCAUCCGGACCAGACAGUGCCAAGGUAGAAACUAUAGAGACUGGUGUGGUGACUGAACGCAAGGAUUCGUAUCUACGAAGCUUGAAACUCUGGAGUGGUACUAUUUAUACCAACACGCCCCUUUGGAAGAUCUUUCUACGCCCGGUCGUCGUCUUCUUCUAUCCAGCCGUCCUUUGGGCAUUCUUGCUUUACGGGGUCACCUUGACUUGGAUUGUGGUAUUCAGCGUCGUGAACGCAGUCAUCUUUACGGCUCCACCGUACAGUUUCUCGGUAUCGGAAACAGGGUUGAUCUCGCUAUCCCCCUUCAUUCUCACCUUCGUUGGUGAGGUCUUGUCGGGCCCAUUGACCGACUGGGUUUGCAUGUACCUGGCCAAGAAGAAUCGUGGUAUCUACGAGCCCGAGUUCCGACUACCACCAAUUAUCAUCUCAUUCUUUGUUGGUAUCGUCGGCUUCUUUGGAUUUGGCGCUACUGUUCAUUAUCAAACUCAUUGGUCCGGGCCGGUUCUAUGCUUUGGUUUAGCAAACAUGAGUCUUGCUCUGUCUAAUGCAUCUGUUUUUGGUUAUGUCAUCGACGCUCAUAAGGAGCUAAGCGAAGAAGCAUUCGUGGCUAUCAAUGCUCGAAACAUCCUAACUUUUGGUUUGACUUAUUUCGUCAACGACUGGCUAGCAAAAUAUGGAGUCCUCGCGGUCUUCAACGUACUUGGUGCUGUGUUUGUUGCCGUGAAUGUAUUGACUAUUCCUAUAUGGAUUUUCGGCAAGCGAAUUAGGGAGAAUAUCGCCAGGAACGAAGCGCUGCAUCGAUUCAUGCACGAAGAUUAG